AUGGUGGCGAUAGGUAAGGAAGAGCGGGCCGGAGGUGAUCCGGAAACGAAAACCGACAUGACAAAUGUGGAGAAGGGAGAUGUGGAAAAGCGUGAUCCAUCGCCUGUGAAGUCAUACUCGCAAAAAUUCUGGGACAUUGUGCAGGGCGGCUGGAAGUGGACGUCCGUGAAGCCCGAAAAACGCGAGAAAUGGAUCAUUUUCGGCAGUACGCUCUACACGGAGGGAAAGUCAGGCGAAUACACAGCACAGGAGCUGCUCUUCGACCGAAUCUCGCCUGACCCGUCGAAUCGUCUUGUUUACGUCCGCACGGUCGACUGGAAGCCAUUCAUCGCUAAUCCGAUCCCGUGCUCAUCCAUGUAUCUCCACUUUGAGACGCGAGUUGAGCAAGUUCGGGUUCUGGAAACACUCAUAGCCGCCUAUGCCGAGCCAAAACCGACCUUGUGGAAUAUUAGCGAGGAGGUACGCGAAUUGCCAGAAACUCGAUUUGCUCGGCUGCUCGGCGCGAUUCAACUUUUCGUACUAUUC